AUGGAAGGGAUUAUAUUUCGCGGAGAGAGUCUCCGUCUCGGAUUUACGCCACACCGUGGUGUCUGCACCCGUUCUCCAAUCCUCCGACGAGCUAUGGUGAUAAAGAUGAGAGACCGUAGCAAAAACAGGAAACCGUUACAGAGAGGUCGUAUGCUCAGCAUCGAAGCGAUUCAAGCCGUUCAAGCUCUAAAGCGAGCCAAUCCUCCUCCUCCUCCGUCUACUUCCACGUCACCGUCUUCCUCAUCGAUGCUUGAUAGCUUAAUCAAUUCCAAAAUCCGCCGGCUCUUGAAAUUCGACAUGGUCGCCGUUCUUCGAGAGCUUCUACGUCAGAACGAGUGCUCUCUAUCCCUCAAGGUUUUCGAAGAGAUACGAAAGGAGUAUUGGUACAAGCCUCAGGUGAGACUAUACGCGGAUAUGAUCACAGUAAUGGCGGAUAAUAAUUUAAUCGAUGAGGUUAAUAAUCUUUACUCAGCUAUGAAAUCAGAGAAGGGAUUGAGUGCUGACACUGAGAGCUUCAACACGCUCUUGGUGAUUCUUCUGAAGCAUAAGCUGUUUGAACUCGUCAUGGACUGUUACUCUUUUAUGCAGUCGAUAGGGUAUGAGCCGGAUAGGAUUUCGUUUAGAAUCCUAGUUCAGGGACUUGAAUCCAAUGGUGAAAUGGGGUUAUCGGGUGUUGUUAGGCAAGAUGCUCAUGAGUAUUAUGGUGAGUCGCUGGAGUUUAGUGAUGAAGUUGAAGAUAUCUCUAGUUUGUUGAUUCCACAAUGGAGAAAAUAG